AAUGGAGUGGCGUGGCUCAUGCCCUGAGGCUGAAGGGCGAGACGGCGAUUUCGCAACUUUUCCUGAGAGAGAAAGAGAGAAAGAAGAAAGAGAAAGAACAGUAGCUCCGUACGAGGACUCUCAUCGUCAAAUCUCUUGGAAUUUCCACUUCUGAUCUUUCCAUUUUUCAGACACAAAAACGAAAGCUUCAAUCUUUCUUUCAAUUUCUGUCUCCCUUCAUUCAUCUCAAGUUUCUCUUCAAUUUUUCGCUCCGCUGUUUUUACCGAUCCUCUAAUUCCUGCCUCCUUUCGUCAUUUGAUCACCUUUCAAGGCUCAGAAUCGAGUCUCGAAUUCUUCUCCUCCAGGGGGGUUUUUGAAGUUUCGACUUUUGGAAAUUCAUCAGCGAGAGGUUGCGGCUCGUUGAGUUUAGAGUGUUCUAGAGAUUAGGAUUCGUGUUGUUGGAAAGGCUUGGAGGAUGGCUGGAAGAUGGUGAAGCAGAACCAUGAGUGGCAGUGAGAUGGAGAAACCACCAAAAGACAAGGAGACGAAGACACCGCCUCCUCCUACUACUCAGGAGCAGACUACAACCACUAGUGCUGGGACGGUCAAUCCUGAUUGGUCAGGUUUUCAGGCAUAUUCACCUAUUCCUCCGCAUGGUUUCUUGGCGUCAAGCCCCCAGGCUCACCCAUAUAUGUGGGGAGUUCAGCAUAUUAUGCCUCCUUAUGGCACGCCUCCACAUCCAUAUGUUGCAAUGUAUCCACCUGGUGGCAUAUAUGCUCACCCUUCCAUGCCCCCGGGAUCAUAUCCUUUUAGCCCAUUUGCAAUGCCUUCUCCAAAUGGCGUCACUGAGGCCUCUGGUAAUACGGCAGGCAGUUUGGAAGGAGACGUUAAGCCACCUGAAGUAAAGGAAAAGCUGCCAAUUAAAAGAUCAAAAGGAAGUUUGGGCAGUUUGAACAUGAUUACAGGGAAGAACAAUGAGAUGGGUAAAACAUCUGGAACAUCUGCCAACGGAGCAUACUCUAAGAGUGCUGAGAGUGCCAGUGAAGGUACAAGUGAAGGAAGUGAUGCCAAUUCUCAAAAUGAAUCACAACCUAAGUUAGGUUCCAGGCAAGACAGUUUGGAAGUUGAAGUAUCUCAGAAUGGUAACUCAAUGCAUGGUACUCAAAAUGGAGGAUCUAAUACUCAGGCUGUGGCUGUCAUCCCAUUGGCAACUGCUGGGGCCCCAGGAGUUGUUCCCGGUCCCACGACCAACUUAAAUAUUGGAAUGGACUAUUGGGGUGCAUCAUCCACUAUUCCUGCAAUGCGUGGGAAGGUUCAAUCGACUCCAGUUGCUGGAGGACUAGUUACCACUGGAUCUCGUGAUAGCAUACAGUCACAGCUUUGGCUGCAAGAUGAGAGAGAGCUUAAAAGACAGAGAAGAAAGCAAUCAAAUAGAGAAUCUGCACGACGAUCCCGGUUACGCAAGCAGGCAGAAUGUGAUGAAUUAGCACACCGAGCUGAAGCCUUGCAAGAAGAAAAUGCCAGUCUUAGGUCUGAAGUUAACCGGAUAAGGAGUGAAUAUGAACUGCUACUUUCGGAGAAUGCUUCUCUGAAGGAAAGACUCGGGGAAGUUUCGGGAAACGAAGAACUAAGGACCAGCAGGAACGGCCAGCGUACAAGUAACGAAACCACCACACAACCUACAGAGUCAGAGGUCGUGCAAGUUGGUAACAAGAAUUGAAUCUUCCCUCCCUGCUUGCUGCUGCAUUUUUUAGGCGCAUAACCUAACUAAUUUGUCAACAACCCCAAAAUUUUAGUUCUCAUGGCUUGUAGUGUAGUUGAGUUAUUAUGUAAGCUGCUGACCUGUUAUAGUUUUAGGACUGUUUACUCCUUUGAUCAAUCAUAAUUAUAUCUCUAUGGGGUGUAUCCUUAACUUGUCAAAGCCCCCAAAGAAUUAGAUAUUUGGUGUGUGAAAGUAUUCUUGUAGUAUUUACACUUUCACUUUAGCUUCUGUACUAAAACCAUCCACAUUAAUUGUUGUUAACUUGGAGAAAAAAAUUAAUAUAUCUUGCCAAGGCUUUACUUGUUUGUA